UGUUCUGCAGGUUUGGUAUGCCAUUUUCGCGGUUAUUCUUAGUUUUUCUCUGCUUUGUUGGUUUCAGAAUAGAACAAGAAUAUCACCGAAAAAGAAAUUGCCAACUCUAGCUUUCCACCCUGUCAUUGGAUUUCCGCUUUGGUUGAUUGAGUUAAAAAAUUCUAAAAGUAUUCCGGUUUCCUGUGGGGUGUUUAUGAGGUUGAUUGCCACUUGUCAUCUAUUUUCAAAAGAGGGGUUCUACAUGAUGAAUCUUAUUAUACGGCGCUUGAUGAUAGUUUACAAAGCGGAAAUCAUUCAGUUUCUCCUCAAUCAUCCAGAUUCUCAAGAAAAAGCGUGGGAAUAUCAAGCCCUACGACCAUUUCUCGGCUCGAGUCUUCUUGUGACAACAAUGGAAAAGGCCCGGAAAAGAAGAAAGAUAAUAUACCCGGCCUUUCAUACAAGAAUUUUCAAUGACUAUAUGGAAGUGUUUAACGAAAAAUCUAUGAAGUUGAUAAAGGAACUGAAGAAACAACCUGAUCAGUGGAUCGAUUUGGAGCGCUGCAUCAAGCAAGUAACACUAAGAAUAAUUUGCGCAACAGCUAUGGGUGUGCAACUGGAAGCAAAUGAAGAAGCAAAACAAUUUUUUGAAUGUGUUGAACAGGGAAAAGAUUUAAGUUUUAGAAAAAUAUUACAGCCAUGGAUGAAUAAUAAUUUUGUUCAUAAAAUGUUUUCAAGUGAGAGAAAAUUAAAAAAAAUUAAAGCUGAAGCCCUACGGUUCAUUGAAAAGGUAAUCUCAGAAAGUAAAAACCAUUUUCAUAUUGAAGCAGACCGCAAUCUAAGCGAAGCAGAAAGUAGCUCAAAUGAUGAAUCCGCAUCUUGGAACAGAAAGAGCUUUAUACAUCUCCUUCUGGAAGCUCAUUCUCAAGAUCCAGAAGAUUUCACAUUAACUGACGUACGAGACGAAGUUUUAACGUUUAUAAUCGAGGGAAUGGACACUGUGUCGAGUAUGGCUAGCAUGGUUUUGAUGAUGCUGGGAUUGGAUCAAACUGUUCAAGAAAAAACGAGACAAGAAGUUAACUCCAUUUUUCAUGAUGAUCCACUAAGAUUGAUGACUUAUGACGAUUUAAAGGAUAUGAAGUACUUAGAUUGUGUAAUUAAGGAAACACUGCGACUCUAUCCGACAACUGCACUGAUUGCUAAAGAAAUUGGAAAAGAUAUGCUGAUUGGGGAUUACCAAAUACCUGGUGGAACCGGACUCGUAAUCAACCUUUACAUGCUUCACAGAGAUCCAAAUCAUUUUCCAAAUCCAGAGUUGUUCGAUCCAGACAGAUUUUUACCGGAAAAUUCUAUAAGAAGACAUCCUUUCGCCUACAUGCCCUUUUCCGCUGGAGCCAGAAACUGCAUAGGACAGAGGUUUGCCAAGGCGGAAAUGAAAUGUUUGGUAGCAAACAUCUUAAGGAGAUUCCAAAUCCAGACACGAGAUCACAGAGACAAGUUAAAACUAUCCUGGGAGAUAACAACUGUACUUGUGGACCCUGUAUUCGCUAAAUUCAUUCCUUGUUGAAUAACAACACCAAGAAGAAAAAAAAUAUCAUUUGUAUUUGUUCAGUCAUAAAAAAAUAUACAUAUACAUAUAUAUAUAAAUCUUUAUACAUUAUCAUAUAUAAUAGCCAAAAUCACUAAUCGAGUU